AUGUCGUCCUCAGAAAUAGAAAUAUUCAGUGAAAGGGAAGAGGUAUGAGGAAUUAAUAUUAAACCCGAUGUCAUUCUUGUAUCUGUUGUGCAUGCAACAGGUUCAUGUUGAGUAUUUAUUAAAUUGCAUGUUGUUUGCACUUAAUUGUCAGUACAAAUGUUUAGUGGCCUUAAGUUAAGACGAGAUUUAUAUUAAAAGAGUGAAGGCAAAUUCACAAAUAGCUAUAGGGACUGAUAGGUGUUUGAGUCCCUUAAUCAUUAAGAUAGUAUGUUUGUUUUGUGUUUCACUACAGACGGAGCUUAUCGGGGUAAAUGAGAGCAAGGAAAGAAGAAUAUCGUCAAAAGUUCGAGAACGUUUCAGUGCAUCAUUUUUAGAAGCAAAGGAGGCACCAGGCGUUUUAUUGCAGUCGCGUAUUCCAGUGGACUUAAAAGGAAACACUCACAAGCCCUCAACAGGUAUUUAUAUAAACUAACUUAUAAUUAAAUUAAUAGCAUUUACUUACUGAAAUAAAACCAGCAUAUGCGGUUAGCGGGGGUAUCGGUACCAAAGCUCACGAUUUCAGUGAAGAGUGCGGAACAGUCACUUGAUUAACACAAGCAUUCAUAAGUGAAUUUCAGUUACAUACAACUUAGCAACAGUAUGAUGCAAGCAACAUAAGAUGUGACGUGACUGAUAAGUCCACCGUUAGCUCUUAGUCGGUAGAGCGGGAGGUCCCCGGGCUGAGCCAACUCUCAGGUUCCUUAUAAAAUAAUUCAGUGUGAAGAGGAAACCGCUAGACCUUAGUUAACUUUACUGUUCAGUGACAGGGCUAUUAACGUGCAGACGCUACCUCGUUCAGGUUAAGUUGAUAAAACUCAACGCCUAUCAUGAACACUUAUAGAAUAACGUCUGAUUCCAUGUCAGCGCCAGACAACAGCAGUUACUACCUUCGAUGAUUGCGAUGUUACGUUUAUACAAUUAAAUGUGCCCUGUAGGAUGGGUAUUUUAGUUUUCAUCGUUUGCCUGAGCCAACCUCUCCUGUUGUAGUUCCUGUUGGUCUUUACACGCCUGACAACUGAAGGAUGACGAUUCCAUUUCUUGCUGACUCUGCAACUUCUUGUCUUCUCUUAGCGGAGGAUUUUGGGAAAUUUAGUAGUCGAAUAGAAACCUAUGGUUUAUUGUAGUUUUACUUUAAGGUAUUUUAUAAAAGCAAUAGACCACACUUUCUAUGGGUUUUCCCAGCGUGAUAACCCGAACACAUGCAGUAAAUACUAUUGGAGCUUUUUCCCACUAGUCAUAGAAACAUUCUAGUAAAACUAUCAAUUACUCAUGUAACAAAGCGCGGAUCAAACAAUUGCAAAACGUCUGGAUGCAAUAAAAGUCCUGAGACUUUCAUUUUCUUUUUAAAGCAGCGCGUGAUUUAGCUUAUCGCUGUUCGGGGAAUCCCCAACACACACUUACAUUAAACUUCCGGUAAUAAUUAUAUAACAAUAUAGGUGUACAGUACCGCAAAUGAUCCCCAACCGCAACUGAUCCCGAGACCGCAAAUGAUCCCCAAAAUGGACCGCAAAUGAUCCUCGACCGCAAGUGAUCCCCAAAGUCGACCGCAAAUGAUCUCGAAACAAAAAUAGGAAUGACUUGGACUCAAGAGUUGGCGGAUCAUCGUGUCGAUUUUAUUGUUAUUACAAAACGACAGAUUAAAAGCUAAAUUUUACUUCUCAAAUAAAUCUAUGAAUAAAAACUAAAUGAAAAAAAAAAAUCAUUUAAGUGUAAAAACGAAGUCGGUAGGCAAAAGAGGACUUUUACCUCAUGCUAAAAUCCCGGAUCCGAAUAAUUAUAGGCGGUUUUCUCUUUCGUCCGUGAAUGUGACGGUUUCCUACGAUGUUCUGUCACGCGAUAACUACCGCUUACCUUACCUCAAUUGCUUCAAUUUUCUUUCAAGAAUGUUUCGUCGCUGAAGAAUUUAAGACAGGCAGGACGUUACGCAGAAAAGACUCUAUUAUUUUAACGCCUAGAAGCUGAGGAAUACAAAGCCGGGCACCCUCUACAUAACAAGAGCUUUAUUGACUUUACUGAUCUUUUUGAAAGUGUGAAAUUAAUUAAUUUUCAGAAUAUUUAAUUUUGAUUUUUCUCUGAAGUGUUAAUUUUACGUGAUAAUCAGGAAGACAUUUGUUCGUAACUUGGGUGACCGUUACGAAACAAGACAUGAUUUAACACAAACACAAGUCAAAAUGCCCCCAAACUUAUCAAUGUCCACAGGUUUCUGUUUAUUUCCAAAUAGCAACUUUCUUACAACUCAUGAACAUGUUGCGAAUAGUUAUAUUGACGCUUUUAUGUAUAUUCAUUUGUUUUGCCUUUGCUGGAGACAGUUACCAGGAAUCUAAACCUGGUAAUGAGAAACGCAAAAGCGAGGUAAGCGGUAGUUACCGCGUGACAAAACAUCGCAGGAAACUGUCAUAUUCACGGACGAGAAAGAAAACCGCUUAUAAUUAUUCGGAUCCAGGAGGCACUUUGGAAAAAAAUAAACAACCUAAAACCCUUAAUUAGCGGCAAUGAAGGGCACUGCAUUUCAAAAGAGGUCAAAGGAAAUGCUCUUGCAUCAAAGAGCAAAUCAUGCUGACCAGAAACAACAAUAACCGCAGAAAAUGCGUGUCAUGACCUCUCAGUAUGAAAUAAGCGGCAAAAAUUACAUUUGCUCAGUCAAAACGUUUUGCUCCGAGGUAUAAUCUACCCGCCAGAUCCGGAAAAAAUUCAUUGGAACAAGCAGCAUUUUAGCAUGAGGUAAAAGUCGUGUGUUGCCUACCGACUUCGUUUUUACACUUAAAUGAUUUUUUUUUCAUUUAGUUUUUAUUCAUAGAUUUAUUUGAGAAGUAAAAUUUAGCUUUUAAUCUGACGUUUUGGUAAUAAUAAUAAAAUCGACACGAUGAUCCGCCAACUUGAGUCCAAGUCAUUCCUAUUUUUCUUACGGGAUCAUUUGCGGUCGACUUUGGGGAUCACUUGCGGUCGAGGAUCAUUUGCGGUCCAUUUUGGGGAUCAUUUGCGGUCUCGGGAUCAUUUGCGGUUGGGGAUCAUUUGCGGUACUGUACAUAGGUACCUUCUUCAUGGAUCAACUGCUUCAAAUUUAUCAUGCAAUCAUCCAAAGCUGCAAAGCCAAGUUAAACGUUUGACGUUCGAGAACAGGCAUUUUUGUCUGAAGGUCGUGGUCAGUAAACGAAGUGUUUCCAUGGAAAAUAAAGAAGCAUGAACGGAAACCGGUCUUAAUUGGCAAGGCUUAAUAACCGACAGACAUUGCAUCCACGAAGUUUACUUUGAAUGAUUGUUUGGUAGUUGGGCAAGGAAGAUUAAUAUUUAAAUAGAAUUAAGAAACGAAAAAAUACUAGGUCUUGACAGUAGAAACCUGAGUGUGUAUUUUGCUACUUGACAAACGGAACUCAUCUCCACAUCAAUGGAAUAUCUGAGAAUAAUUUGUUCAAAAGUUCGAGAAAGCUCCAGUGCAGCGUUAACGUUUUAGGGAAGCAAAGGACCAAGACUGUAAAUUGAUGAUUCCAGUGGACUUUAUGGGGAACAUUUAACAAGCAGACAAUAGGUGUUUCAAUAAUACUAAAAUGCAGUCAUUAAUAUCAAGCUAAAAUUUAAAUAGCAUUUUCUCAUAUUAGAAUGAAAUAGCAUGUGUGUUUCAUAACACUGAGAGGUUUGGGAUUUUUUACUGGAGACUGGCUUUGGCAUGUGAGUUUAAGAGGGUUUACUAUAUAGGGCCUGACCCGACUUGUGGAAUCUAUUCAACUCUCCAUUUUACUCAGCACCUACUGCACUGACCCGACUUCCUUCAUUUUGUGGAAUCUAUUCAUCGCUUCAUUUUAACCUAAAAGUUGAAUGAAAGAUCACAUGAAUAACACAAAAACCGAUAGGUAAAUUUCAGUUACAUCAAACUUUAUAGUAAAAGUAUGACGUAACUGAUCGGGUUCAAAGGAAGAAUGACCGGGCGGAGAGCUGGCCUCGAUUCUAGUUAAAUUCAGACACAGCGAGUCGCCCUUGUUCAUUGUAGAAACCGCCAGUUUGCCGUUGACAAUGAUUGAAAUUGGCCGAUGGAAGCAAGGUCAGUUUCGCCGUUGGGAAAGAUUCGCUUUCAUUUGUCGUUGGCGACCCCAAAAAGUUUUGGCAUCUAAAGGAUCCUAAAGCAGGAAGAAGCUCCGAAAACGGCUGCUGGGGAGUCUGUAUACAGUUAUUCCGGCUACCGUCCAUGGAUACUUGUAACUCGCCAGUCUCAAGACGUUUCAAUUAGUCAUGUUUGUUCGAAUGUACAACAAUUUUGAGUGAGCUUCGCACUGUGAAACCCCUCCGUGCUCUUAUUCAGUAUUGAAUUGGGUAGAACUGCCAAAAUUCACUUAAUAAGUUUUCGAAUAUAAUAUUUGCCUCUUGUGAGACGAAUAUAUCGAAACUCGUCAAAACAGACACUGGUUUCUGUAUAAUCAGGUUCUUAACAUUAUCUCCAUUGAGUCCUUCUUGUAUUUCAGAAUUCUCUGUUGGACGAUGUGACCCAGGAAAAAACACCUUCUCGUGCUACAUAGAGGACAAAAAAUACUUCCUGUGUGCAGAGAAUAACGAAGUAUUUCUGAUGGUAAGUAACAAUCCGAGUUAAGUAAAAUGGCAAGUCCAUAGUGAUACUCAUCAGAUUUGGGGGUCACAUCAUGCACUCAGACACAUUCAUGUUAGUAGUAGGCCCCCGUCGGUCAGGGUCGACCAUUGAUAGAUCCGUCCAAGCUGUUUGCUCGACUGACAUUACUAAACCGGUUAUUGCGUAGAAUAAUAGCGAAGCUCCACGCGCGCGCGAAGCGCGCACGCGUGGGCGGAGCCCCAUAGCUAAGUAAAUCUACCCAUCCCAGAAAAUUUGGUUAUCACGUGACCGUACACCGAACGAACGAACGAACGAACGACCGUCCGUCCGCACCACAGGCAUACCAAUGUUUACUCUCGCACUUUCUAGCUAGUUUGGGAGCCCAGGAGAAAACUGAUUGCACAUCAAUGCAGUGAUCAAUUGACAGCUGUCAAAACAGGAUAUCCCCUGACCAGUAUCACCUGACGGUAUCGCGGGCUCAGGUGUCGACCCAUCGAGGUCGAGUAUUUUUUGAAGUUAUCCGCUGACAAGUUACUACUUUUCAAAUGAUCGCAGGCUCAAGUUUGUGUUUUAAAAAUUUAUAUGAAAUAUGUCAUGUCUAUGUCACUAUGGCCCAGCACUAUUAAGAUUUUGACUUCAAACUUACCUUGGACACGAAAAUUCAGCCAGUUAUUUAAAAAUACAGGCGGGGAAGACCUUUUCUUACCAUGGUCACGCGUUGGUCACGCUCUACGUGCAAUUUUUAUGCUCUGAUUGGUUAAAAUUUGACAGGUGAGUUCAUGCGUAAAAUUUAUGCAGCAUCUUGAAAGUUGUUUACUUUAACAGCUAAAGCUGACAGAGUUUUGAGUCAACUUGUGAUGUUUUUAACUGUCUUUUUCCACUGGAUGUACAAAAUGAAAUACAACUGCUAUCAAGAGUGUUCUCUUAUUCAUGGCUGGUUUGUUUAUUGGGUUUUCGGUUGUGAAAUGCGUCGCUUGUCAAAGCCGAUAAUCCGAUUUCGGAUGGCAUCGUUUUUGUUUUUUACCUUGCUGGAUGCGUACGAGAAUUAUAAAGGUUCAAGCGGUCCUUGCCUUUCUUGAUAGCUUUCAGGAGCUGCAUCUCGAAAUAUGGUAAGCCUGAGUAAUUAUUGUAUUUACAUCUAAUUUCAUGAAGUCCAGCGGCGAAGUUUAUGAAGCUAGUUUAUGCACGUUUGAAUUAAGAUUUGACUGAGACACUGAUCUGACCUAGUAUGAGGUUUAAUUAGAAAUAAGCUUAACCUUAGAGAACUUUAAAAAGCCUUUGGUCGAUAUUAAUUCACCGUAAAUAGAAAGAAAAAACUUUCCGAAGAAUAUUUAGUUAUAAUUUUGGCUGUAGAAAGAAAGCUUUGAGCGAUUUUCUUGUCGUGAGUUCAUCUUUGAAAACAGCAAAAUACCGGGAAACCGGCGGCUUAAAACAUAAACUUAAUCUUUAAGCUUACUAGUAAAGACUUGAGGAUUCUUAGGCACACUUAAAUACUGUCAUUUGUUUUCGUGAAUGAAAAUUGUUGUCUCUGUAAAUGUUCUACCGAAUUAUAUUUCUUUAUUGAUUGUUGGUAGUCUCAAAAGUGUAAUUUUCAUCGCUUUGCCGUUUGUUUUUAGCCGUUCAUAAACAUCGCUUGCAGGAGUACUCAAAAUGCCGAGCGUAACAAACGCUUUUUAAGAUUACACAUCAUUAAUAAAAAAUAGACUCAAUAAAUUCUUUAUCACGUUGAAGCGUAACUCUUUUAAAAUUUCUUCGCAAAUUUGGCGCUUGUCAAAAGUUAAAGUCCACGCGUUCUUCGAUGGUCCUGAAUAUUGAAUGAAUGCAAUUUGUCUUGAAAAAUUGUGAAAUACUGCAUUUUGUACGAGGUCUGUAUGAUAAAAACAGCGCCACGUAGUACUGUUUCUCUUCAGAUGUGGUGUAUAAAAUAUAAAAGAUUGGUUGGCACGCACCCAGAUUUAUUUAUUUGUUUUCCAAGAUUUUUUUUCCACGCCUUAUCUACUGUGAUCAAGAGCCAUUAUUGCUCUUACAUGUGACCGGAGACUAUUUUUGGGGUGUACAUUUAAGGCUAUAUCAGUCAACUCGAUACAAGAUUUGUUUCACUCCAAAAUCACUUAGCUUUUCCCUCAAAAGUGACAUGAAUGUGCCCUUAAGUUAACUGAUUUGUGGAAUACAAAACUAUUGUUUGAUUUAAGUUAUAAAUUUAUCAAUGGGGGCUUCGCUUUUAGCCGUGGCUAAAUCUAUAUAUUAAUAAUAAAAAAGAUUUGGCCAGGUUGUGUGACGCACAAGAAUUUAUGACAGAUCGCAUAGUUUUUUUGAACACCUUAAAUCUUUAUAAGGAUUUGCAAAUAAGAGCUGUUUCUUUCUCAUUAAACAAGAUGGAGAACCGACGAAAGGCGAUUUUGACUGGGCUGCUAAGGGGCGAUUUUUUCCCAGUGGAGGGGGCGGUUUUACACACUCGGGCUAACAUAAAACCUUGUAGCCGACCAUUGCGUGACAUAGAAUCUCAUGUGGCAGUGCAACAUAAACUCAUUAAGAGUAAUUUUAAGAGCAUGCGAGUAGUACGAGUGGUUCUAACCAUAUUUUUUUUUCGGUUUUUCACUUUUUUACAAAGCCGUAAACAUGUACAGUGUACAACACUAUAUAGUUAAGUUACUAGACUGCUGUGAUAAACCACACCCUUUCAGUAUAAUGUUUAAUCUAGAAUGCCCCCAGAUAUCAGCCCUUUUCAUUAAAUCUUAAGAUAGGGCUAUAAGAUCGAUGGUGACGAGAAAGAGAGUCCAUGAGUAAAAAUUGGAAACUAGUGCUGUGAGUGGGUUUAUUAGUUUUUUAAUCACAUGUUGAGGCCACAAAUUAUAUAUUGCAAUGCGACUAGAUGAAUUAUGCAGUAGUAACAACAGUUUUUAAUUUCAUUAUUUUAUUUUUUACAGUGUUCCGAUGGCUGCGACCCUAAUGAUGAUAAGUUCUUGUUCAAGGUUGACAAGGUUGAUAGAAGAACGCAGAAUAGCAAGUAUUCUACCAUUCAGUCUGCAAAAACAGAACAAUUUUUGAUCAGUGAUGAGUCAGGGAACGCAUCUAUGAAGGAGAUAACGGACCACACAGAUGGACCGACUUCUGACAGACAAGCCUGGUUUCAGUUUAUUCCCGAUCAGAGAAGAUACAGUCUUUCCUGGCAGAAUUAA